ACAACUCCCAGAAUGCCGUCGGGUAACCUCGCGCUCCUCUCUUCCUGUUUGGGUGCCGCAGCUGGAGGAGAGAAAAAAUGGCAGCUGACACGGGGAGAUACAGGAGUGCUGUUAGCAAAAACAAAGACCCGUCCGGUCUCCUCAUCUCUGUCAUAAGGACCCUGUCCAGCAGUGAUGAUGUGCAGGACAGGGAGACGGAGAAGGGUCGCCUGGAAGAGGCCUUUGAGACAUGUGACAGGGAUUUGGACACGCUGAUUGUUCAGCAUUAUGCAGAACUCACCACUGCCAUCAGGACCUACCAGAGCAUCACAGAGCGCAUCACCAGCUCCCGCAACAAGAUCAAACAGGUGAAGGAGAACCUCCUGUCCUGUAAGAUGCUUCUGCACUGCAAAAGGGACGAGCUGAGGAAGCUGUGGAUCGAAGGCAUUGAGCACAAGCAUGUCCUCCAGCUGCUGGAUGAAAUCGAAAGCAUCAAGCAGGUGCCUCAACGGCUUGUGACCUACAUGGCAAGCAAACACUACCUUCACGCCACAGAUAUGCUGGUGUCGGCCGUGGAGUCCUUGGAAGGCCCUUUGCUGCAGGUGGAGGGGCUCGGAGAUCUGCGGUUGGAGCUCCAUAGCAAGAAGCUCAACAUCCACCUUGUGCUCAUUGAUGAGCUGCACCGACACCUCUACAUCAAGUCCACAAGUCGCCUGGGACACAAGAACAAGGACAAAAAUGCUGCUCGACUUCCAGGCUCCACUGCCAAAGACACAUCCCCAAUGCCCGUGUUGGAUGUCAGCAGUCUGUCCACCCCACGCAAGCUUUUGGAUUCAUCACAGUUCAGCACACCUGGAUCCGGCACUGUGCGUGAGGAUGUGCGAGAGCAGAACCAAACCGACCUCCCGGAGAUGGAUCCAGAGGAGAACAGUGCUGAGUUCAUGGGCAUCCUCAUCAAGGCUCUGGCCAAGUUGAAGAAAAUCCCAGAGACUAUCAAAGCAAUAAUGGAGCGGCUGGAACCUGAACUGAAACAGAUCGUUAAGAGGUCCACGACUCAGAUAGCGGACCAUGCUUAUCAGAGAGGAGAAAACCUGGCCCAGGAGAGCCAGCCAAGGCUGCUGCUGGAACUGCUGGAGCUGCUGUUUGACAAGUUCAAGGCAGUGGCUCAGGCUCACAGCGUGGUGCUUUCCCACCUGCAGCAGAUCGCGGUGCAGUGCCCGGGCGGGGCCUACGAAGAGGGCAUCAAGCUCUACGAGCAGGCGGACGUCUCUGCCAAAAUCCAGACAGUGCUGCAGGUUCUGCUGAUGGAGUAUCUUGACGUGAAGAACAGCCGGAGCGCCACAGAGCCCUCGGCUCAACUCUCCUACGCCAGCACCGGCAGUGAGUUCGCUGCCUUCUUCGCGAAGAAAAAACCACAGCGUGCCAAGCAGUCUCUUUUCAAGUUUGAAUCUUCUUCCCAUGCCAUCAGCAUGAGUGCCUACUUGAGAGAGCAGAGGCGAGAACUCUACAGCAAAAGUGGAGAGUUACAAGGUGGAGCCGAUGACAACUUGAUCGAAGGGGGAGAAAUGAAGUUUGUGUGUAAACCGGGAGCGAGAAACAUCACCGUGAUCUUCCAGCCUCUCCUCAGAUUCAUCCAGGAGAUAGAAAUGAACAUGGGGCCAGGCCAGGCCAAGCAGUGCCAGCUCCGGGCUUUCCUCACUUACUACAUCAACGACCUCUUCCUCAACCAGGUGCGAGCAGAGAUCAACAAGGACAUCGAGGCAGUGAGCAAGACAGCCGACCCCUUGAAGAUCCUUGCCAAUGCGGACACCAUGAAGGUUCUGGGCGUCCAGAGACCCCUGCUGCAGAGCACAGUGGUGGUGGAGAAGUCCAUCCAGGAUCUAAUGAGCCUGAUGCAGGACCUGAGUGCUUACUCCAACCAGUUCCUGGAAAUGGUAUGCGACAAGCUCAAGGAGUACAAGGAAAUCUGCAACACGGCCUACAGGGGUAUAGUCCAGUGUGAGGAGAAGCUGACCAUCAGUGCAUCCUGGUCCAAAGACGAGGACAUCAGUCGUCUGCUCCAGUCCCUCCCGAACUGGGCUAAUAUGGCCCAACCCAGGCAGACCCGACAGAAGAGAGAGGAUGAGGAGGACUUUACCCGAGCGGCUUUUGCGAAGGAGUCAGAGGUGUUGACCGGGAACCUCGGAGACAAGUUAAUCCCCCAGAAUGAGAUCCUCCGUGACGUCAGUGACCUGAAGGCUCUGGCCAACCUUCAUGAGAGCAUGGAGUGGCUCGCCGUUCGCCUCAAGACAUUCUUCGCCAACCUGCCUCAUGCCUCCAGUGUGUCUCCAUGCUCAGCAGAUAGUCAGGUGGUGGGUGAGAGUGAACGCAGCAGGGAUCAGAUUCUCCAGACCCUGAGUGACCUGUCCAGGGGCUUUCAGGACAUUGCUGACCGUUGUCUCCUGGCACUGCACCUGGAAGUCAGGGUGCAUUGUUUCCAUUACCUGAUCCCCCUCACCAAGCAAGGGAAUUAUGCCAUUGUGGCCAAUGUGGAAAGCAUGGACUACGACCCACUGGUGGUCAAACUGAACAAGGACAUCUCAGCCAUAGAGGAGGCCAUGGGGGCCGGCCUGCAGCAGCACAAGUUCCAGUACAUAUUUGAAGGUCUGGGUCAUCUGAUCUCCUGUAUUCUAAUCAACGGGGCCCAGUACUUCAAGAGGAUCAGCGAGUCCGGCAUCAAGAAGAUGUGCCGGAACAUCUUUGUUCUCCAGCAGAACCUCACCAACAUCACCAUGUCCAGGGAGGCCGACCUCGAUUUCGCCAGGCAAUACUACGAGAUGCUGUACAACACCGCGGACGAGCUGCUCAACCUGGUGGUGGACCAGGGCGUCCGCUACACGGAGCUGGAGUACAUCAACGCCCUGUCCUUACUCCACCGCAGCCAGACGGGCGUCGGGGACCUGAGCACCCAGAACACCCGGCUGCAGCGGCUGAAGGAGAUCAUCUGCGAGCAGGCCGCCAUCAAGCAGGCCACCAAGGACAAGAAGAUCACCACGGUGUAGUGACCAGAGCAGCUCAGCACAGGGUGGCCUGGCAUGAAAUUAGAGAAAUAUGGCCAAUGAAAGGGAAUUACUGUUCAUCUUCCAUGUUUUUUUUUGUUUUUUCCCCCAUAUCUCUCAAGCAGGGACACAUGUAGAAUUUAACUGGAUCAUGUGUGCAAUAAGUAGGAAAUGACUGAAGAAAAAUACUUGCAGGACAUUUGGGAAAACACUGAAAUACAUGUUUGCUCUAGACCGAGAUCAUGAUGCGUGUGAAAUCUGUUGGUCUUCUCCAUUUCAUCUUGCCCUAAUGUGAUGAAAGGGCUGACACAGAUAUUCUUCUUUUUUAAAUCAUGUGGAUUACAAUAUAUACUGUUUCUGCAGCAGUGGCUCGCUCUAAUUGGGAAACGAGGUGACAACCAACACAACUGCAAAGUUUGCCAGUCCAGUUCCUUAUGCAUCUAUGUCAUGAGGUAACCGAUGCUGUCACGACUCCUUACUACCCCCAACCCCUGCUCACCAUGACAGAGACUCCAGCUCCGGAUGAAAAGGGCGAUUGUCUUGGACAUUCACCCAAAACUUAGGCCCUUUCUCAUCUCAUUUUCCUAUUAGAUCUAAACUGCUGCUCUCAAUUACACCUCCAUGUCUCCUCUCCUGGCAGCCCCCCACGGGCCCACUGAUUCUGUCUGCAAUAACAGAUGCCAGAUUAGACUGUCUGAAUGAGGCCACAUCUUCCGCCUGCUGCCAAUUUGGGUCGGUCCCCGAAGAAUUCCCCGGCUGAGAAUUGUAUCGUAUAUAUAUGGCUGUUAUAAAGUCUGUCUUUUUUUUUUUUUUCAUAGUUUGUGCAGUUUGCGGCGAGUGUGGAAAGUUGUUAGUUGAUUCACUUGUUUUCCCCUCCUCUCCAGAUAAAAAGGCUAAGUAAUUAAGAUAUACUUGCAGAGUUCAUGCUCAUCCUCCCAGAAAGCAAGAACAAGGUUAAUUCCAGAUGUAAAAUUCCAACCACAAUGGAAUGAUAUACACUUUUUUUGCAUUGCACUUGUCAUACCAGCUCUAUAAACUUCAACAAUCCAAUUCUGAAUCUCUCAUUUGGUCGUCCCCGCCACAUCCCGUACUUGGGAUCUUUUAAAGUGGACUAAACGCAUAAACUCCAGAGACGAUCACAAAUCAUCCCCCCUCCCGUGUUUUUUAGUUCAUUAACUUGAGAGAGGAGUACUUAACGAGAGCAGGAGGGGGAAAUGGGAGUGUUGUCAAUACAGCCGGCCCAGCACCGGUCUCCCCGAAGCCCACAGAGCAAUCCAUCAUAAUGACACAUAAGGCCGGGAUCGAUGGGAAAUCAACAGCGAAGCUGCUGAGGGGGUUCGCCCACCGCUCUGAAACGUACAUACUGUGUCUAGAAUCUGCUCAAUCAGCUGUUCACUUCAGAGUUACUUUUGUAACGUUAUACGUGAGAAACUUUAAUACAAUGUUAGCCAAGUGUGUCAUUUCACACGUGUUCUAUUAUACUACUACCAACUCACAUAACCUAUUGAAGUCCAGAAGGCUUAUGAAUUGAAUAUACACUAUAUAUGUACAGUCAGUGAAAACCACACCUGCUCUCCAUGCUUUAUUUUUUUAUUGAUGAGUGAAAUAUGUCAACCGUAAUAAUGGUUCAAUUUCAUGUUUGUUUUUUUUCUUUUCGUUGGUGCUUUAUCUGCUGCACAUCUGCUCUUUGAGUAAAUCAAGUAAGAAUGUGUUCAAUUCUAUACAUUUGUUUGACUCUUAAACAAGUUUAAACAUCUUCCCUUUUUUUCCUCUGGUUGUCGAGUGUCAUCUCAAAGUUUGUCUAAUCUAAAUCAAGCACAUAUGAUUUGCCAGUGCAUACACUGAAAAAUAAACCAUCCAAUCAC